GUGGCAAACACAAACAGGCCUCUUGCGAAAGAACAAAACUUCGCUGUGGUCUUCCGUGUCACAAGGCCCAUAUCUCUCGUCCAUUCGCUACAUAAUCGGAGUCUCUCUCUCUCUCUCUCUCUCUCAAUCUGCUUGGGCUAGGGUUGAUCAGUGGUUUUGGCCAUGGAGGCUUCGUCUUCUCGGCAGUCCGAUUCGUCGAAUCUAACUGCUUCCGCGGCUUCUAAGUACCUCUCCGACCUCCCGUCUCGCGGUCUCUUCUCCUCCACCGUCGUCUCCUCCAAUCCGGGAGGUAUGCGGGUGUAUAUAUGCGAACACGAUACAUCUGCCCCAGAAGGACAGCAGAUCAAAACAAACCAGCAAAAUAUACUCAUUAGAUCCCUCAUGCUAAAGAAACAAAGUGGUGAAUCUAGUUCGAAGGUUGCAAAAGGCGCUGCUGAAGAUCGUCCUAGAAAGAGAGCUGCAAAUAGGGCUAUGGACGAACGAACUCCAUCCAAAAGAGCUGCUAAUGGAACUCGACAAGAGGGAUCUAGCAGUCGCCCGGGUGAGAGGGAUUACCAUUCUUUGACUGUUGAGAGGCUCCGGGCCCUUCUCAAGGAAAAGGGUCUUCCAGCAAAAGGAAGAAAGGAUGAGCUCAUCGCCCGACUGAAAAAUGCCAACGGUUAAUCCAGCAAGCAAACCGACCCCCGAAAACAUAGGGGAGGAAAUAUAGAUUAUGGUUUGACGUAGUUUAAGAGAUUUUGUCACUGGGAGAGAAGUAUGAUCUGGGAAUUAGGGUUCUUAUUCAUUAUGUGUCCUUCAUUGUCUUUGGGAUGUGUUGGUUCUUGAGCAUGUGAAUUUGAUCUCCCUUGCAUAGUUAUGCAAUACAUGUCUGAUUUCCCCCCAAGUACAGGAGUGGUCCGGGUGGGUAUGGAUCCGGGUUUGGUUUGGUCUGGUCUGGUCUGUCUGGUUUGGGUUUCUCGAAACUGUUAACCGGAUUGGACCAUCUCAAUGUAACCAAUACCAAACCAAAAAACUGGUAGUGGCAAAUGUGAUAUAGUUUGGGUAUUACCGAAAUCCAAACCAAAACUUAACGUGCUU